CACCUUUGACUAGGGCACAUACACCAAUGUAGCACAUGAUAGUAUCAAGCUGUCUUAAUUACCAUCACCACCACCACCACCACUACUAUAGUCUUCGUCGUCACCGCCCUCAUUUCUUUCACUGAUUCACAGAUCAGUUUUUGACAGUGGAGUAGUGACGGUUGGAUUGUUAGUAACCACCCGGGGCAAUUCCAGUGAAUACCUCGCGGUGUGCCUUGUAUGUUUAUAUAUAUAUAUAUAUAUAUAUAUAUAUAUGUAUAUAUAUAUACAAGCAUUCCCUUUAACAUCGAAACGGGAGGACGUUUUAACUAACAGGUGGUGGCGGUGAUUGUUGUGAUUUGACUCUUUCUAGAAACUGUGAGUGAAAUACAACAGGUUCCAGUAUGGGGUCUGUAUUUGGAAAAUGUUGUGGAGCACCCACAGAGACAAGAAAGCAAAAUGAUGUAGUAGACUCAAUCCCUAUGCCCAAUUCUGAUAAAUUGGAGAGAAUGCUCCCACCUGUUCCACUGAAUGGAUCUUGUGAUAUUUUAAUUGUUCGAGCUUUGUAUGACUUCGACGCCAUUACCGAAGAAGACCUUUCAUUCAAGAAAGGGGAUCGCAUGAAAGUUGAAGAUAAUUUGCAGAGCAACGACUGGUGGGUUGCUUACCAUUUAGGGACGAAAGUCAGUGGUUAUAUUCCCAGUAACUACGUCAUUAAAGAUGAUAACUCCAUUGAGGCACAGGACUGGUGGCAUGAUUUGGAACGCAGAGAUGCUGAACUACAACUUCUACUUCCUGGUAAUAUACCUGGUACCUACUUGAUACGACUUGCAAGUGAUAAGAAAUCCUAUGUAUUAUCUGUCCGAGAUAUACAAGCAAAUGUGCCUGCUGUAAAACAUUACCGGCUUCGAAAACUUGACAAUGGUGGUUACUACAUUACACCAAAACAUCUUUUUCCUGAUUUGUUUGGGUUACUAGAUCAUUACAGUUGUCAUAGCGAGGGUCUUUGUCAACGUCUAACAAAAGUUUGUCCAAAAGAGCGUCCAGUUGUGCAUUUCCGAGAACUGGAGAUUAACCGUGAAGCUAUAGUUCUGAUAAAGAAACUGGAUAGUGGAUGUUUUGGCGAUGUCUAUUUAGGCAAAUGGAACAACUCGGUGAAUGUAGCAAUAAAAACUCUGAAGCCAGGAACGAUGUCAUGUGACGAAUUUGUCGCGGAAGCCCACACCAUGCACACACUGCGACACCGAAGACUGGUGCAGCUGCUUGCUGUUUGCACUAGGGAGGAACCAAUUUACAUCAUUACAGAACUGAUGGAUAAGGGGUCACUACUUAAUUACCUACGGAAUAAUAAAUUAUCUCCAGACAUGCUUUCAGUACAGGAUCUCAUUGAGAUAGCAGCACAGGUGGCAGAUGGAAUGAAAUACCUUGAAAUGUGUAAAUAUGUUCAUCGAGACUUGAGAGCAGCAAACAUCUUGGUAGCAGCAAACAAAACUGUUAAAGUAGCUGACUUUGGUUUGGCUCGACUUAUCAAGGAUGAAGUAUAUGAGGGACAUGGACGUGUCCGUUUUCCUGUAAAGUGGACAUCACCAGAAGCUGCCCAUGAACACCGGUUCUCGAUAAAAUCUGAUGUAUGGUCCUAUGGCGUUUUACUUUAUGAAAUUAUUACAUUUGGCCGUGUCCCUUAUCCUGAAUAUCCUGGGAAAACAGUAUUGCAUAAGAUUGAGAAUGGAUAUCGAAUGCCAAAACCAACAGAGCCUAUAAGUUGUCCAGAUACUUACUAUGAAGUCAUGUUAAACUGCUGGAACAAGAAACCGGAAAUGCGACCAACUUUUGAUUACCUUUUCUCUCACUUUAACGACUUCCUGGUCUCUUCAGAGAAAAAUUAUACCGAGUGAAAAUUGUGAAAAAAAAAACAAGAAGGAAAACCACAACAAAAAGCCACCCGAAAAUAAAA